AUACAAUAUAUUUCUAGCUCCAACCUACCUAAACUCGAGCUCUGCUAGGCUCUGCUCUUUUGCACCCUACAUACAGCUCAUCCCCGCAAAGAAGCGCGCGAAUGGAGCUGCAAUGUCCCCGCUCUUUGCUCCCCAAUCGACUCUCUUUCCCCAACUUUUCUCCUUUCCGGCAUCAGAUCAGCAAUUUGACAUCGAGGAAGCAGGCUCUCCUUCGCCCUGAGUUGAAAUUGAAUUCCUGGCUGAAGAAUGGGGCAAUUGUUCCCAUGUCUAGGUCAAGCUCCUCUUCUAAGCAAAAGUUAAGAUCUUCCGGAAGUGGGGACAGCAAUGUUCUUGAUAAUGGCAUUAGCAGGGUGAAACCACAUCAGGGGAAACCAGGUUCUGUUUCUUUUGUUGGGCUGACUCACCAAUUGGUUGAAGAAAAUAAAUCAGAGUUGGCUCCUUCCGAGAGAGAAAUUGGAUCUUUUCGAUGGGUUAUUGCUCCUCUUGCAUUAAUAUCUUCUUUUGUUUUUCCCCGGUUUCUUGUUGAUAUUGCCAUUGAUGGUCUCCAGAAUGAUGUUCUCUCAGAAAUUUUGACUUCAUCCAUCACAGAGGUCAUCUUCUACAUUGGAGUGGGAGUAUAUCUUUCUGUUACUGGGCAUGUUCAAAAGCCAUACCUGGAGUUUAGUACAAAGAGGUGGAGUCUAAUAACCGGCCAUCGAGGCUACUCAACUUCUGCAGUCCUUAUAAUGGGCUUCAAGACACUCCUUCCUCUUUUUGUACUUUAUAUCACAUGGCCAGCUCUUGAUACAAUAGCCUUGGUUGCAAUGGCUCCUCUCUUGCUUGGCUUUCUUGUUCAAUUCGCAUUUGAGAAGCAACUUCAGAAAAACAAAUCCUCUUGUUGGCCUCUUGUCCCAAUUAUUUUCGAGGUGUAUAGGUUCUACCAGUUGACCAGAGCUAUUGGAUUUGUUCAGAGAGUAAUGUUUGCAACUAGAAAACUUCCUAUGACACCGGAUACUCUUCAGAGAAAUGGAGCAUUUGUUUCCUUGAUUGUAACUUUCCAAGCAUUAGGUUUGGCUUGCCUCUGGUCGUUGUUGUCCUUUCUUGUAACGCUCUUUCCUUCUAGCCCAGUAGAUGAGAACUAUUAACACUCUCCUGAUCUAUCUCCCCUUUUUAGUACAUUUUCACAGAAAAGAUUGUUGUGUAUCUUUUUGGUAGUGCAUUUUGACAAACUGGAGAGUGUUGAAGAGCUUAAAGUGGCUGGAGUUUAAGAAUGACAUGCUCAAUUAGAACCGUGCUGAGUUUAGUUAUUUAAAAAUGUAAUUUUUCUCCUAUUUAUUACGAAGUAUGAAGCAAUGGUUGAUGCUUUUAUACCAUAGUCCAAUUAAAGGCAUUGGUAGUUAUAAGAUACCACAGGACCAUGACCACCUUCAACCAUAUUUUCCAGUUACUUAACUUUGCAGUUUUUGAAGUUUACCCUUUUGUAUUUGACAUGUUGACUCAUUUGCACGAUUAUUUAUAAAAGUUAUCCAGCACUUUAAAUUUCA